AUGAAGAGUUGUAUUAUGGAUCUUCCAGGGGAGUUGUUAGACGUUAUCUUUGCCUAUGUGGACUGUCGAGGCACUGAUUUGUAUUCCAUUUGUCAGUGUGUACUUGUGUGUAAAAAAUGGAAGACGCCUGCUCAACGUGCUCUUUACUUGGUCAUACAACUAGAGAGUGAAAGCCAAAUAAGAACAUUAUUGAAAAUUAUGGGUGAUAAAAAAAAUAGAUUGCCAGGAAAAUUUACACAAUCUCUCGUGUUUAAUGAAGAUUUUGAAGACGAAGACACGCGUCCAUGGAUAAAGUUGUUUAUUAAAUUUUUUCCUAAUGUACGUCAUAUUUUUUCCGGAAAAGAUGACACCAAGUUUUAUCAGACAUUAAUUGAAGCACACAAUCUAGGAAUGUGGCAAAAUUUGAAAAGUAUUGGAACCUGCGCCGAGGAUUCUGUAGCUAGUCACAACGCUUGCGCCUUGCUACACCGGGAAACUUUGGCCCUUUUGCAUGUUCAUGAUAGCCACAAAAUUAGCAAUGGUUCUAAUUUAUACGACCAGCUAGAAUUAUUUCCUAAUGUUAAGCAGAUAUACAUUGGUACAAACAGGUACAACUUUUAUGAAAUUUCAGAACAUGUCACAAAGCAUAUGCACAAGUUAAACAAGGUUCAUUACGAUAUUUUGGUGGACACCAAUUUUGGUACUUUAGCACCAUACGAGCCUGUUGAUCUUUCGCUCAUUACACCUCAGCCUGGAGUUAAGAGUCUUGUCAUUGAAGCUGCCUCUUAUGAGAAUGACAACUUCUUGUUGUACCUGAUGAAGAAGUAUUCCAAACUACAAAGUCUCCAAAUAAACGAUCUUAGUAGUGCAAUCAUGUCGAACGAUGUGCUCUUGAAAAAAAUCAAAUCUUCAAAGAACAAUUUCUCUGUAAAUGUAUUAUCUCAAUUUAUGUUGUUUGUUUCUCAAUGUCCGAUUCACUCGACAGAUUUGUUAUACACAACACUUUAUACUGAUGAGAUUUUCCUCAAAUACUGGGACUUGUGUGGCCCUAAAAGACCAAGAAUGUUAGCAAUAACCUAUGCAGAAGGAUCAGAAUCUUGGCGAAAUACGGAAACACAACGUUCAAACAGCGACACUCUAGCACACAUUUACAUGAGUGCGGAUUAUAGAACACUGUCAAAUUCAAUGAUAAUCGAUUACAAAUUAUGUAACACCGUUUUCCCUCACCUCAGACUAAUCGAAAAAGCUGGAAAAGAGCUUGACCAUCUUGUGGCUUGUAUCGGUCAAGUCUACUAUAGAGAUACACGUAUUGAAGACGAUCAAGAGCUAAUGCGCAUGGUGGAGGGCAAAUGGUUCAGUCAUAUAAUCCAACAUUGUACAAAAUUGAAGUCGCUUCGUGUUUUGCAAACGCAUAUUGUCUGGUAUGAUUCUGUCCGUAAUUUUCCAAUCAACACUUUCAUUACUGAUUUGACGCUUGAACAAGUAGCUGUAUGUCAACACACUUUAAGAAGAGUAUCAUACCUUCUUCCCAAUUUGACAAGAAUUAUUUUAAGACAUAUUUACUACGAUAAAAGCGUUACAAACCAAAUCACCUCAGAACUUAAAAGUGUUAUCGACAUGCCAUUGGCCACACUCCGGUUUCUUUAUGCGCAAGAUUGUUUACUUGACGAAGAAAAGAAGACUUUACUCCCGAAUUUAAUUCAAAUUAAAUUGACGACCGCCAAAGGAGUUUCAUUUUAUCGUUCUGUUUUGGCAAAGGAUAUGGAUCAUCUGCAUUCCAUGAGACUUGUAGAAGAUUUUGAUGAUGAAGAAGAUUUAGAAAUUACCCGAGCCAUAGCAAUAACGGAAGCAGAGUAUUUGGACAAAUAUAGAGAGUAUCAAUGUUUAAGCCUACAGGUUAAUUGCAAGUCGAUCGAUUAUUUGGUGGUGUCUUUGAAAGAACUUAAUCCCGAGUUAGCAUGCUAUGUAUUAAUGGUAAAUGGAGAUUCCAAUACAAAUUUAUCUCCACUUGAAGAACGAAAUUUGCGCGAGCAUUACGGGAGAGAAAAUCAUCUUAUGGGUAAUCGACUCUGA